AUGUCGGUAGAACACAGCCUUGUACUCGAUACGAGUGGUCUGUAUGAGCACGACGAGGACAUAUGUGAUUUGAGUGAUCCGAAUAUGGACUUAGAGGUCCUUUUGUUGCAUCGCGCAGCAGAAAUGCCAGACAUGGCGGCUGGGGCAUCAAAGCAUCGCAUCGGGAGAACCACCUCUCGAGGAGGACACGUUUGGAUUGGUCGGUGUAGGUUUAGAGUCCGACUGAGACCAGGCGAGUUGUGUCAUUUUUGGUCGGGUGGGCGAUGCGUCGGAGGGCUCAUCGAUUACAGCUCGCAGAGUAGGAAACCUGUAGUAGCACGCUUGUCUGAUAAAAUAUGGAUGGUGUUCGGUCUCAAUGUAUGGAGAGAGAACGGAGAACCUGACAAGUGGCCGGUAGGCAUGUCGGCUGGAGAAAAGGACAUCGCUGUCUUCGCCAUCCAUAUCGUACGACUCAUCGCUGUUGGCUUGGGAAGCUACGCCACAAGUCUCGUAUUUGGGAAAGCAGGACUAUCGUGCAUUCGGGGCGAGCGGCGGAACACAUAUGGUUUCUGCGAUGUAGGUCGAGGGAACGAGGGCCAGGUCAAAAACAAACCGCCAGUAAACGGCUUAUCAAUAUCCUUGGAGCUGAUACAAAGUGAUAACAAUGUCGUCGAACUUCUCGAUGAAGAUGAACAAGCUGCCUGGUGACCACCAUGAACUGUACUAGAUACAAUGUCAAUAGGAUUUCUGCGAGAUAAAGAAUGACGGACAUACCAAAGAGUCGUACAACCAAAGACGGUCUCCCAGCUGAACCUGUCGAUUCCUCUAUAGCCACCCUCGAACACCAGAUUCUGUGUCUCGCUUCCUCCUAUGCCAUCCUCUGCUCAAAAUUGACACAUUGGCACGUCAUCUAUGCGAACCAAGUCCGAGCGUCUCUACCUCUUUCGGUUCCCUUCUCUCCAGUUGUCACGAUGACAUGCAUCGUCUGUGCGAAUCAGACUGCGAAAGUCGUUCUACUGUUGGGAGACGCAAAGCAUGUCCGUGGAUUGUGGAGCGGUCCGUGAGAUCCAAGUUCCGCUAGGAGUCGACGUCCUGUUCAGCACAGACUAAGCUCAGAGAUUGAGGUGUCUGUCUUGCGUUGCAUUAUG